CAAACCACAAAAUUUAGUGUGAAGUGAAGCUUUGAAUUAGAGCUCAGUCAUGGGAGUAAUGCUAGGCUAUUCCCUUCCUCUCCUUUUCUUAACUCUGUGUGCCACCGCAAACCUUUUCAUUCCUGCAGUUAACGGAGGAAUUCCUGCAGUUAACGGAGGAAUCUGCGCGGAAUCUAAAAAGUCCACCCUCUUGAUUGUCUUCGGCGACUCAUUCUUUGAUGUUGGCUACGGCAUUGAUGAACUUUGUCUUCCAUCUAAAGACCAACCAUAUGGGAAAUCACUUUACCCCCCGGUUCCCACUGGAAGAUUCUCGGAUGGUCUUGUAGUACCUGAUUAUAUUGCCAAAUACUUAGGCCUGGCCGAUAAUGAGGGCAAAAUUGCUGCAUACAAGAGUAGCUCAGAUAUCCGUCAAACAUUACAAGGACGUGCAAGUUUGAGCUUCGCCAUGGCCGGAGCAGGUGUCACGCUAAGCGCAAAUAAGGUAUAUAAGCAGGCAAGCAAGCUAAUUAAUCGAAAUCACUGAAGGAUCAAAUACAGAUUUUCAUCAAUAACUCGGCAAAGUUAUUUGUUGAUAACGGAGCGAAAUUCGUAGAUGAGCGACAUCAAACUCUCUAUUUAUUUUCAAUAGGGACAUACGAUUAUCUUUCCAAUCUUCAGAAUAUAAAAGAUGAGCAAUAUGUUCAAGAAAUAGCAGAAAAUGUUACAGCAGAAAUAGUGAAGCAAGUUAAGGAAAUAGCAGAACAUCAGGGUGUGAAUGGAAAAAUAUUUGCGUUUAUGAGCGUUGCACUACGCUAUUUACCGGUUGUGCGAAAAGCAUAUUCCAAGGACCAAUCGCAGCUGAAAUUGCUCGAUGAACUGGAAAAUACCCACCAUCACAAACUUAAAGAUAAAUUGAAUAACUUAGCUCAAGACCUCAAGGCUGCUGGUCAGGGUCACAUUAUCAACUAUUCAAUACUGAAAUACCACCGCAUAAUCAGG